AAGUCUGUGAAGCAAAGGCUAAUAAAAGAGGAGAAGAGGGAGAGGCAAUCAAGAGGGUUUUAGAGGAGAGUGAAAAAUGGGGAAGAAAGAAGGAGACUUGUGGGACGAUUCGGCUCUCAUCAAUGCUUUCGACAACGCCAUGACUACCUACAAGAAAAUGCAUAGCAAGAAACCCACUCAAGGUCCAACCCAGGAAGACAAACUUGUGAGCAGUCCUGAAGAACAAGUCAUUGUUGAGGCUGGUCAAACCCACGAGGCUAAAAGAGUACAAGGGGAUGCAGAUGACCUGACAAAAGAUAUGCAGAAGACUACUAUGGAAAUGGGAGAGACCGGUAAUCUUUCAGAAGUUAAAGAAAAUCAUUGUUUAGAUUCAUAUGUACCUGACCCCUAUUCACAAGAUGCUCAGGACAUGCAAAACAACUAUUCAUAUUCAGAAGGUGGAGAAGAUUAUACAAAGUUACUCAACCAGUAUUAUGAGAUUGAGGAGAAAAGACAGAAGAUUCUAGAGAAACUUCAUCAAUUUGGUGGUGGGAAUUACCAGUAUUCUGGUGAAGGUUCAGGUUCAGGUUCUGGUGUACAGUGGGGUACUGUUUCUAGUUACGAACAAAAUGCAGUCCCUGCUAGCCAACCUUCUGAUCCGGCUGUUGUGGGUUCAUGUUGCCCGUACAUGUGUCCGUGCUUGAUGACUUCAUGCACUGCAUUUCCUGCUUGUCCGUUGGAUUCGACAUGUGCUGGUAUAACUUGUACGGAAGCUUGUUUGGCAACAAGUAAUGGGAAACCAUUAUCUCUUGAAGAUAGAAAAAUUGUCAAGACAGCAUUUGGGACUGCAGAAAGAGCAUUAUCAUCCAUGAAAACAAAUAUUACUGUUGAUUCUAGUAUAAGUGAAGAGAAAAAGGAUGAGAAAGAUGAAUCAGAAAUGGCUGAAACUACUGGCUCAGAGACAGAUAUCAGUGUGGUACUGAAUGCAUGGUAUUCCGCAGGUUUCUACACCGGCAAGUAUCUUGUGGAGCAAUCCAUUGCAAAGAAGCGACAAAGUUAAACAUUCUCUCGCAACAUCAAGCUGCGGUAUACAAUAUUUUUACUAAUGAGUUACGACACAGGAUCUGCAGUUAAAUCAAAUAUCUGUUUACUCAGCAAUUUUAACUAGUUGUAAUUGUUAAAUGUAGCAUCAUUUUGACCCACAGCUGUAUCAAAGCCACUCUUUCUGUUCCUUGAGUUA